AUGACAGAUCUAAAUCUCCCAAGAUUCCAGCCGAAGAAAAAGAAGAAGAAGAUAUGUGGAUAUUUCGGAAGUGCUAUGAUGUUUGUCCUUGUUCUGAACCUAAAAAGUCUUUACGAUCGAUUCGUUGGUGCACCACGGCUCUACAAAGUUAUUGGCAUUGUGAACGAUAACCCAGAUGCACCUCAUUUCGAUGGAGAGCCGGAACAUUCAAUGGAGGUCGUCGACAUCGUCGACAAAUUGGAGAAGAUCUAUCCUCAAGAGUUUGGACCACAAGAAAAUCCUCCAAAAUGA